AUGGGCUUCGUUUAUGGCCAAUGUGUGGCCAGUUGUUGUAUGAUGACAGGCGCUAGAGGUGUACUGAUAAAAUCUGGCAAUGUAAAAAAGGUCGCUGAUGCUAUUGACAAGUAUAAGGUGAGUUUAUCCAGAGUUUUUAAAAUAUUUUUUAUCUUACAAAGCCCUUAGAUAAUAUACUUAAAAGAGAGCCUGGCCCCGGCUCAGCCCACUAAAGCCCGGCCCCUUUACAAUUCUAAUAGAGAAAACAAUACUAGAUACUGAACUCUCAAAAAGUUAAACAACCAUACUCAAAGGUACCUAUUGAAGGGUCUCUGUACUUCGUGUCACCGAUGAUGCUGAUCGACCUACUACGCCACAAAAAAAAAGAAUCCAGACAGUUUAAAAAGCUUAAAAGUAAUACUAGCGGGUGGAGGACCAGUAAAAAAACAAGUAGCUGCAGCUGUCAAAGAAUACUUUAACUAUGUUCCGUACGUGGGUCAGUUUUACGGUACAACCGAAACCUUGUGUAUCGCUGCGCAUGAUGCUAAAGACAACAAUCCUUCAUCGUCCGUUGGGAAACUGAUGCCAAAUGUCGAAGUUAAGGUAAGGAAUAAUAUAUUACCAGACCAACGGAGGCCCUGAGGGCCUCCUAUGGUCUGGAUAUCUUAGUUUUGUUUUAGUAUAAAAUUAUUUUAUAAUAACUUGAAAUGUUAGAAUCUGUAAAAAAAGGCUCGGGCCUGCGGCCCUCGCGCGUCUUUAAUUUUAACUUUAAAAUGUAAUGUUUUUGUUUUUAUAACUUUCUGCUAAUGCAGCAUGAAUUCUGAAACUACUUUGAGUAUGAGUGAUUUGCUUAUUUUUAUUCUUGAAAACAAACAUUUUAUAAAAUUACUUUUUUUGUAAACCGGUUGUUUUUUUGAAUUUAAUUAUUAAUUUUAAUUUACCUUACCCAUAUCAAUUCCAAUACCUUUUUUUAUAUACCCCUACCCCUAGUCUUACCCACACCCCUACCCAACCCCAUAUUUUUACCCCUACCUCUACUUUUUAACAUAAAAUUGAUAUAUUUAAAAAAUUAAACCCAUAAUAUUUAGUAUCAUACUCAAAAUAGAAUCAGAAAACAUACCUACAUCUUCGUUUGCCAUCGUAUCUUCAUCAAAAUAGUUGAAACUCGACCGCUCUCUUCGAAAAAAUUCAUGGGACUGACCGGUUUCUUUUUUUUAAAUUUCAUAAAAUUUUUUAUUUUAAAUUGAUUUUCCCAUAAACUUGCAUGUAAAAAAAUAAUUUUAAAGUGUACUUUUCUUUGGCCCGCAACAUCCACCGACUCUCCGUUUAUAUACGGGGAUAGAUAAUGAAAAUAAAGAAAAGCCAAAUUAAGUAUAACCAACGUAACAUUUCAGUCCUUGUACAAGUACAAAAAAAUAGUACUAAUGUUCUAUAAAUGAUGUCCUAAACGUAUACAAAACAAUGUACCAAAGGUAUAAACAGCCAUGUUAACCCUCAAAAUUCCAGAUAAACUCAGAAACCAAUGCUGAGCUAGGAAUAAACGAAAUCGGUGAUAUACAAAUCAAAGUUCCAAGUUGUUCUCCCGGAUAUAUCAACAACCCAGAAGCUAACAAAGACUUAUACACUUCAGACGGAUUCCUUGAUAUCGGAGAUGUCGGCUACAUUGAUGCGAAAGGCUUCUUAUACCUGGUCGACCGUAAAAAAGAGAUGCUCAAAGUUGGUGGACGUCAAGCUUCACCUUCUGAACUCGAAGACAUUCUCAUGACACAUCCUUUGGUUCAGGAUUGUGCCAUUGUUGGUAUGCCUGAUCCAUUGACUGAUCAGAGAAUUACUGGCUUUGUUGUUAGAAGAGAUCAUAGUUUGACUGAAGAAGAGUGCUUAACGUUGGUUAAUUGUAAGUUAUACGAAAGGUUUGGUAUGCCAUAUGAAAGCUAUAAGAAAUACGGCAUUCGUAAAGAAAACAAACCAAUAAACCAGUAUAAAGAUAGAUGAUUAAUCAAAGAAAUUUUCAGCCAAAGUAAGCGAGUUCAAACAAAUCACUGGUGGAAUCCACUUUAUGGACGCCAUUCCUCGAAAUCCAAAUGGCAAAAUUAUGAGACGAAAAAUUAAGGAAAACUUUAAUGAAAUUGCCACUAAAUAA